GACUUUACACUGAUGUGGCUGUAGAAAACAUACAGACCUCCGCGUUUAUCCAACUGAUCCGACAUCUAUAGAGGAAGAGUUAUUGAAAACGUGUAUAACAUAUGGAGGAUUGUUUAGUGAAGUAACGGAUCUACCAGGAUCAGGAUCCUCCUCAGUCUACUCUACCCCUGAACACUUGGACACUCCUUAAAUCUUGUUCGCUGAAUGUGGACCGAGUUCAGCAGGAUCCCAGCACACAUUCCCUGGUGGUUUGGAAAUGGCAACUGCUCUCAGUGGCCGAAACCCUGGAGGACGAGGACCGAACCGAAGUAAGGGUCGGAUUUUAGGCAUCAUCGAUGCCAUCCAAGAUGCAGUGGGGCCACCAAAACAAGCGGCUGCAGAUCGGCGGACUGUGGAGAAAGCCUGGAAACUCAUGGAUAAAGUUGUUCGCCUCUGCCAAAAUCCCAGACUGCAGCUGAAAAACAGUCCACCAUACAUCCUGGAUAUCUUACCUGAUACUUACCAGCACCUGCGGCUCACACUGGGCAAAUACGAAGAGAACCAGAGAGUCACACAGCUCAGUGACAACGAGUACUUUAAAAUCUACAUCGACAGCCUUGUGAGGAAAUCCAAACGGGCCAUCCGGCUCUUCAAAGAGGGAAAAGAGAGGAUGUAUGAGGAGCAGUCACAGGACAGGAGGAACCUGACCAAGCUGUCUCUGAUCUUCAGCCACAUGCUGGCUGAAAUCAAAGCUAUCUUUCCUGCAGGACAGUUCCACGGGGACACUUUCAGGAUCACCAAAGCUGAUGCAGCUGACUUCUGGAGGACAUUUUUCGGAGAAAAGACAAUAGUGCCAUGGAAAGUCUUCCGGCAGUGCCUUCAUGAAGUGCAUCCCAUCAGCUCGGGCCUGGAGGCCAUGGCCCUCAAAUCCACCAUCGACCUCACCUGCAACGACUACAUUUCUGUGUUUGAGUUUGACAUUUUUACACGACUCUUUCAGCCAUGGGGUUCAAUUCUGAGGAACUGGAAUUUCCUGGCAGUGACACAUCCUGGCUACAUGGCCUUUCUUACCUAUGACGAGGUUAAGGCCAGACUGCACAAGUACACCAACAAGCCUGGCAGUUACAUCUUCAGACUGAGUUGUACACGUCUGGGUCAGUGGGCCAUUGGCUAUGUGACCAAUGAUGGCAACAUACUGCAGACCAUCCCCAACAACAAACCCCUGUUCCAGGCCCUCAUUGAUGGCUACAGGGAGGGCUUCUACUUGUAUCCUGAUGGUCGCAGUUAUAAUCCUGACCUCACUGGUUUAUGUGAGCCAGCGCCUCAUGAUCACAUCAAAGUGACACAAGAGCAGUAUGAGCUGUACUGUGAAAUGGGGUCAACUUUCCAGCUUUGUAAGAUCUGUGCUGAGAACGACAAAGACGUCAAGAUCGAACCCUGCAGUCACCUGAUGUGUACUUCCUGUCUUACGGCCUGGCAGGAAUCAGAUGGUCAGGGCUGUCCAUUCUGUCGUUGUGAGAUCAAAGGCACAGAGCCCAUAAUUGUUGAUCCCUUUGACCCACGAAAUCAGGGAACCAAGUGCUUUUUCCUGGACCAGCACAGCUGCCCCAUGCUGGAGCUGGAUGAUGAGGAGGACAGAGAGGACUUCCUGGUCAUGAGUGGACUGGCCAAUAUCAGGAAGCACUGUGCAGAACGCCAGAACUCGCCCAUGGUGUCUCCAAACUCUUCACCUGUCAGCCAACACAGGAAAGUCCAUGGAGGAGACCUUAGCCACUGCGUCCAGCACCUUGGCCUUCCCCCCGUCCCGCCACGCCUGGACCUCAUCCAGAAGGGUGCCACCCGUUCCCCAUCUGCCAGUCCCACCUGUUCCCCGAAGUCUUCACCAGGCAUGUCUAGAAAGCAGGAUAAGCCUCUACCAGCCCCACCUCCUCCCCAGAGGGACCCUCCUCCACUGCCUCCCCCAGAGCGUCCUCCUCCCAUCGCCCCAGAGUCGCGCCACUCUUGGCUCCCAAGUUCCUCUCCAUUGUCCUCUUUCAUCUCGUCUUCUACUGGCACACUAUCAGACUUGCAGAUGCCCCCUGAGACACGGUGUCCCAAAGACAGCCACUUUGCAGAAGCCCACAGGACUGGAUCUAAUCACCCACUCCAGCUGGAACCCACUGGCCCCUCUCAUCUGAACGGAAGACCACUCAGUUGUCCGUCUGCUGGAUUUGGGAGGUUUCAUCAUAGAGUGGAGAUGGGAGGAACGUCAGACAACUCCAAGCCCUUCUCUAAUGGUCUUCAAGGCAAUGAUGCGUAUGACAUCCUUCCCUCACGCCACUCGCCAACACAACUGACGCUUACCAGUAGGCCUUCCAACCCUUUCAGCAGCCCUGUGGUAGAACGACAGCAGGGACUGGAGGACAACUAUCAGAUCCCGUCAUCCAGCCUCUGCUUGAGCCAGGCUCCCAUCUGCAUCUCAGUCCCCAGCAGGCACUUUGAGAACAGCUCUCCAGAGCCCUCCAUCGAGGAGCAGAAGCCGCAGCCCCCUGAGCCUAGUGGACAAUCUGAGUCAGUGAGGGGGUCAGUGUCACGGAUGGCACAUACUGCCCCCUGCCCCUUCAACACCAACAGUGUACGCUCCGACUAUGACAUUCUGCUGCCCCCACAAGCAUUAGAAGACCCCUUCAACAGGUCUCAGCCUCCUCCUCCACCAAUGCGACACAGUUUCAUCGACCUCUCCUCCACCUCCUACACCACCACGUCCUCUUCCUCUGUCGUUGCACAAUCACACAGGCCCUCCUCUGGCCACGAGCAUUUGCUGUUAACCCCGGGUCUAGACACAGUGUUUGACAUGCUGAACAGUGGUGCCCCUCUGCCUCCAGUCAGACGACCCACAGAACUUGUUAAAGGCUCCAGAAGCUGCCUGGAGUACGACCAUUUACCAGCAAGACAAGUAUCAAAAGACUGCUUACAGGCUCCUGCCCGGCCACCCAAGCCACUGCCCAGGAAGCUCCCUACAGAUAUUCAGCCGGACCCACCCCAUAGCUUGGCAACAGAGAACAUGGAUGCCAAAAUCGCCAAGCUGAUGGGAGAGGGUUACUCCUUCGAGGAUGUGAAACGGGCAUUAAUGAUUGCCCAGUACAAAGUGGACGUGGCCCGAAACAUUCUGCAAGAGUUUGCUUUAGUUGCCCCCAGACUGAACCUCUAGUCCUAAACAGUGGAUGGGAGAAUGGACUGACUGAAAAGGGCUUCUUCAUUCUGUUUGGCCUGGGACUGUUGGAACCACAAAAAUCAACAGAAAUAAAGAAAUACUUGCCUUUUGUUGCUGAACAGAGAUGAUGAUACACAACAAAGUGGCUUAAACUAUGUCACAGUAACCACAGAGAAUCAAAAAGAGAUAAAAGGCCAUCUGUGAAUAAUUUCAAUCUGUGGAAAACCAGAACCUGCUUGGUGUUUACAGUGAUCCCUGGUGGUGCUGGCCUCUGGUUCUUAAAUGUUUGUCUCCAGGCCUGGACAAUAUGCCUGUUUAAAGCCCUCCUCCUGCUACUGCUGCUGCUGAUACUUCACCUCCUGCUACCUUUCACAUUUACAUUGGAAGGCCAAGCCAAUUUGAACUGGUCAUUUUGAUUUACAACCGUUAGGGGGAGCCAGAAUCCACCAUGUCCAACUCUUAACAUUGUUUGUGACUUUCUUCUCUUCAUGUCUUCUGUUUCAGACACUCUACACUCUUUCAUAGUAUGUUGCCUAUUAGAGAAUACCUCAGUUUUCCCAGGGGCAGACUGACUUUUAG